AUGUCUUCUGAGAUGGACAGAGCUUUGCUAGCAUUAUCCCUCAAAGAUGAUGAUGAUUCCCCUUUCACUCUACCGGAUCUUCCCCAGUACUACGCCACAGAAAGGAACGCAUGCAGCCUCAUCGGUCGCCUUCUCAACCCAGAAUUUCAGAGGAUGUCUCAUCUGAUCCUUGAAUUACCAAGAAGAUGGCAGAAGGCGAACACGGUCAGAGGUUUUGCCUUAACCAAAGAAAGGUUUCAAUUCGUGUUCAUGCAUGAACACGAUCUUAAUGAAAUCCUUGAUAAAGGCAUUCAGACUUUUGAUGACUGGGGUCUUGCUAUUGAGAGAUGGGUUGAACGGCCGCCGUCUGGUUUUCUUCAAUACGUCUCAAUCUGGGUUCGGAUCAGCAAUAUCCCUGUCAAUCACUACACCAAAAAAGCUAUCUCUGAUCUUGGAGAUCUUGUUGGUCAUGUAGAAGAAGUUGCUUUUGAUCCUGAUAAACCCCAAAGACAGAGUUAUGUGCGGGUUAAAAUUCGUUUUCAUGUCUCGAAGCCUUUAAAAAAGACAAGGAUUAUAAACCUUCCUGGUGGAGAUCAAACCACGGUCAACUAUUACUAUGAAAGGGUUCAGAUGCGAUGUCACCACUGUCAAAGAUUAACACAUGCAAAGCCAAGAUGCCCCUUUCUCAACAACUCUGAAGGAGCAAGUGAACGUAUCUCACCAUGCAUGUCUAUAUCUCAGACUCCUAAAACGUUUCAGGUCCUCUCUGAAACUGAUCCUCUCUUUGGAGUUUUAAAAGAGGAUCAAGUUGGAAUCAACCCCAUCUCUGGCCGGCCGCGAAUUGCUCCUGAGAUUCUGCAAGAAAUGCGUAAUUACUUGCUUGCCUCCAGUAAUGAAGAUCGUCAUGUCCGCGAGCAUAGGGUCAUUUCCUCAGUUAAAGAAGCUGAACAGAAUCCUAUCACACAGAGGUCUACCCUUCAGCUCCUUCCCCCUCCUGUCUUUACUAAAGAUCUUGAUAAGGGAAAAGGUUUAGUCUUUGGGUACGAUAAAGAAGACCUCACUUUGAAGUCUCUCUUCUCAAGCUCGCAACCUAAGCUUAUGGCUUAA